CCUUAUGUUAAUUAACGGCGUUCUGGGCGUGGUUUAUGCUAAUUAGAGGCACCAGGAGGGUUUUAUGUUAAUUAAAAGCGCUCUGGGCCUGGUUUAUGCUCAUUACAGAUGCCGGGAGUCCUUUAUGUUAAUUAGCAGCGCUCUGGGAGUGGUUUAUGCUCAUUACAGGCACCGGGAGUGAUUUAUGUUAAUUAAAAGCGCUCUGGGCGUGGUUUAUGCUAAUUCACAGUUACGUGGGCGUGGUUUGUGCUGUUAACAGCGCUGGGCGUGGUUACGUCACCGCGCAGCGCCCUGGGCGUGGUUUAUGCAAAUGAGGCUCCCUCGGGGGGGCCUGGCUGCGAGGCGCCAGCGCGGGGGCGUGUCUAUUCUAAUGCCUGUCCGGGGGCGCGGUUUAUGCUAAUGAAUUCCUGGCCGCGCGUCGAUCUGGGGGGGCGGCGGGGCCGCGGGGGGGUCCCGUUAAACCCCCCGGUGGCUCCCCGUGCCCUCCGCGUCCGCCCCCGGUGCGGCGCGGCCCCGCCGGAGAGCGGCGGAGAGGCGGCCGCGAUCAGGCAGCGCCGCGAACCCCUAAGCGGCGGGGCCCGGCGGGGUCCUGGCGGCGGCGCCCGUGCGGGGGCGCCUGGGAGACCCCGCGCCGGGCGCCGCUCAGGCCUCACGGUGACAUGGAUGAUGAGGACGGGCGGUGCCUGUUAGAUGUGAUCUGCGACCCGCAGGCGCUGAACGAUUUCCUCCAUGGAUCCGAGAAGAUUGACAGUGACGAUCUCCUGGAGCACUCGGGCGACGCCGCCAGCGCCUUCUUCGAGGGGGCCGGGCUCCACGGGCAGGAAACCACGGGCGGCAACCCCCUGAGCGCCGAGCCGAGCCAGCCCGCGGCCAGCGUGGACCUGGACUUCCUGGAGGAUGACAUCCUGGGCUCGCCGGGCCCCGGCGCCGGCGCGGGCGCCGAGCAGCCGUGCGACAUCCUCCAGCAGAGCCUGCAGGAGGCCAACAUCACCGAGCAGACCCUGGAGGCCGAGGCCGAGCUGGACCUGGGCUCCUUCCAGCUGCCGGCGCUGCAGCCGGUGGUGCAGGCGGCCGACGGCACGCCCCAGAUCUUCUCUGGCGGCGCCGACCUGCUGGGCCUGCAGCCCCCGGCCGUGCUGGCGCCGCAGGCGCUGGUGCAGCCGCCGGACGUGGUCAACAAAGCCAUCAGCGUGCAGCCCUUCCUGCAGCAGGUGGGGCUGGGCAACGUCACCAUCCAGCCCUUGCCGAACUUGCCCGGCUUGCCCAACGGCAGCCCCGGCGGCGCCCUGGGCUUGGGGCCCAUCCAGGUGGUGGGGCAGCAGGUGAUGGCCAUCAACCAGCCGGCCGCGCCGCAGCUGCUGGCCAAGCCGGCGCCGGUGGCGGCCGUGGGCGGCUACAUCGCGCAGCCCGAGGCGGCGGCGGCGGCGGCGCAGGGCGCGGGGCUGGUGAUCCAGAAGAGCCUCCCCGCCGUGGCCACCACCACGCUCAACGGCAGCUCUGUGUUCGGCGGCGUCUCGGCGGCGUCGGCGCAGCCGCUCACCGUCACCUCCGGCCUGGGCGGCUCCUUGGUGCCGGCGCCCAACGUCAUCAUCCACCGCACGCCCACGCCCAUCCAGCCCAAGCCCGCCGGCGUGCUGCAGCAGAAGCUUUACCAGAUCACGCCCAAGCCCUUCGCCCCCGGCGGCGCCCUGGCGCUGCCCGGCGAAGCCCCGGCCAAGACUCAGCAGAACUUGACGUUCAUGGCCGGCAAAGCCGCGCCCAACGUGGUGCUCCAGAGCUUCCCCCCCAACGUCUUCAAGCCGCCGCCGCCGCAGCCGCCGGCGCUGGGCAAGUCCAUGAGCGUGCACGUGCUCAACCAGGGCGGCUCCAUCGUCAUCCCGGCGCAGCCCUUCCAAGGCCAGAACCAGUUCCUGCUGCCGGGGCAGCUGGCGGGCGCCUCGGCCGUGCCGCUGCCGCAGCCGCUGUCGGCGCUGCCGGCCAACGUGGGCGGCCAGCUGCUGCCGGGCGCCGGCCAGACCCACAUCAUCGCCGGGCAGGGCGCCGGCGCGCAGCUCCUGGCCAACCCGGCGCUGCCGGCGCAGCUGCUCAACCAGAACCUGGCGGGGCAGCUCAACCUGGGCCCGGUGCUGGCGUCGCCGGGCGCGGCGGGCACGGCUCACAUCCUGUCGGCGGCGCCCAUCCAGCUGCAGCCGGGCCAGGUGGCGCCGCCGGCGCUCUUCCAGAUGCCGGUGUCGCUGGCCGGGCCCUUGCCCAGCCCCGGCUCGGCCGCGGCGGCGCCGGCGGCGCCCACGGUGAUCCAGGGCGUGACGCUGGCCAGCCCGGUGGCCAUGCUCAACGCCGGCGGCGACGGGCUGGGCGCCGCCGUCAGCAUCCAGGCGGCCGCGGGGAGUCCCGGCGCCGGCGCCGAGCCGGGUCCCGGUGCCGCCGCGGCAGCGCCGGCCAUGGGGGCGGGGAGCGCCCAGCCCAGCCCCGGCAUCGCCGCCAGCCCCGAGAAAAUCCUGCUGGGAACGGCGGCGGCGGCGCCGGGGCUGGGCCAGGAGCCGGUGCCGAUGUUCCUGCAGCAGGUGCCCCAGGGGCUGCUCCUGCAGCCGAAGCCGCCCCCGUCCAGCCCGGCCCCGUUCCCGGCUCCGGCCGCUCCCGUCCUGGUUCCGGCGGCUCCGGGAACGCCCGGCCCGGCCCUGGCAGCCGCAACCGGAACCGGAUCCGCAACCGGCGGCACCGCGGCCUCAGGUUCCGGUUCCGCCCCGGCCGACUCGAAGCCGUUCUGCAGCGCCGCCGGCUCCGUUCCGGCUUCCGCUUCCGGUUCCGGUUCCGGUUCCAUUCCCAGCUCCGUUCCCGGCUCCGUUCCCGGAUCCGUUCCGGGUUCUGUUCCCAGCUCCGCUCCCGGCUCCAUUCCCGGUUCCGCUCCGGGUUCCGCUCCCGGCUCCGCUCCCGGCUCCGCUCCGGGUUCCGCUCCGGGUUCCGUUCCCGCCGGCAAAGGGGCGGCUCCCGGCAAACCGGGGGCUCCCCUCCCCCCCCAGCAGCCCCCGCAGGUGAAGCCGGGUGGGAUCAAGGGCCCCCCCCAACCCUCGGGGGGUGGGAAGGCCCCGCCCAUGCUGGAGGCGAAGUUGGCGCUGAAGAAGCCGCCGGUGCUGCAGCCCAGUAAGGAGGCCUGCCUCCUGGAGCAGCUGCACCGGCACCAGGGCUCGGUGCUGCACCCCGAGUUCCGCACGCCCUUCCGCUCGGUGGGCGACGCCCUGCGCCGGCUGCUGCCCUACCACGUGUACCAGGGCGUGCUGCCCGGCCAGCCCGAGUGCCAGCGCGUGGACGAGGAGUUCGAGGCGGUGUCGGAGCAGCUGCUGCGGCGCACGAGGGCGAUGCUGAACAAAUACCGGCUGCUGCUGCUCGAGGAGUCACGGCGCUCCAGCCCCUCGGCAGAGAUGGUGAUGAUCGACAGGAUUUUCAUCCAGGAGGAGAAGACGGCGCUGGCGCUCGACCGGCAGCUGGCGCGGGACCGGCCCGACGAAUACGUCUCUUCAUCCUCCUCCUCCUCCUCCUCCCGCUCCCACCCCCUCCCCCCUUCCUCCUCCUCCUCCUCCCUGCCCCUCCCCCAACCCUCCCCCGCCCCUCCCCCUCCCUCCCCCGCCCCUCCCCCUCCCCCCGCCCCCCCAAAGCUGCUGAUCAAGCACGGGGGGGGCUCCCCCAGCGUCACCUGGCUGGGGGAGGGGCGCGACCCCCAACCCCGCGACCCCCCCCGGGAUUUCCGUGGCGGUGGGGGAGGGGCGGGGGCGGGUGGGGGCGGGGGAGGGGCCGGGGGCGGGGGAGGGGAGGAGGAGGCGCUGCCGUCGCGCAGCCGCCCCCCGAUGAAGACGUACGAGGCGCGGAGCCGCAUCGGGCUCAAGCUGAAGAUCAAGCAGGAGGCCGGGCUGAGCAAGGUGAUCCACAACACGGCGCUGGACCCCGCGGCGCAGCUCAACGGCUCGCUGGAGAAAAAACCCGCCCCGGCAUCUUCAUCUUCAUCGUCGUCAUCAUCAUCAUCCUCGCCCGCCGUGCCGUGCCGCCUCCCGCUGAGGAAGAGCUACCGGGAGAGCCCCGAGCAGCCGCGCCGGGCGGCGCCGCCAGCGCGGGUCCGCGGGAAGGGAGCGGCCGAGGAGGCGUCGGACGGCGAGGAGGAGGAGGAGGAGGAAGGAGGAGGAGGAGCGGGAGGAGGAGGAGGAGGAGGAGGAGGAGGAGGAGGAGGAAGAGCGGGGCUGUGGGGCGGCAAGAGGAGGAAGGCGGAGGUGUCGGACGUGGACAACGCGUCCUUCUCCAGCGACAGCCCGCAGGACGAUUCGCUGAGCGAGCACCUGCAGAGCGCCAUCGACAGCAUCCUGAACCUGCAGCAGCACCCGCGGGGCGGCACCGGCACCGGCACCGGCACCGGCACCGGCACCGGCACCGGGACCGCGGCGGCACCGGGAGCGGGAACGGGAACCGGCACCGCGCCGGGAAUGGGACUGGGAUCAACGCCGGGAAUGGGACUGGGAGCGGCACCGGGACUGGGAUCGGCACCGGGACUGGGAUCGGCACCGGCACCGGCACCGGGAGCCGCCCCCGGCCCCCCCCGCCUGCUGCCGGUGCCCCCCCCCAGCCACAACGGCGGCCUCGGCGCCGCCCGGACGUGCACGAGAUGA